AUGCCAGACAGCGGUGCAGCGAGAGGGUGCUGGUGUAGCUUGGCGAAGUUCAAGUGGGAUGUUGGAUUGACGGAUGCUGAAAAGCAUGCGAUUGAACUUGGACCUUCUGUGAGCGUGCCGUGGAUUUUUGCUCGUGAAACCGCAGGUCGUUUUAGGGUCGGAACGCAUCGUAACGCCGCGGAACAGGCCGGAGAUGGUGCCGAGAAGAUCGAGAGGCGAGCCAGCUGGCUGAACGCCAACGUCUUCCAGGACCGGCAGAUCGAUCCAGAGGCGAUUACGGCGGUGAAGAGCUUGGGCUCAGCGCGGGCCAUGGAGCUGUUCAAAGAUUUGGAAGAGAGGAAAGAUCAGGUCCAAAAUCCUUCUGGAUAUUUGAAAGCUGCCGUGAAACGUGAGCCAACCAUGGCCAGAGCGCCCAUGGUCAUGGCACCCAUGGCCCGAUCCAUGGCUUUUACGGCCGCGGACCCGCAGAAGGUGCAGAAACGGGCCACCUGGCUGAACGCCAACGUCUUUCCAGAUCGGCCUAUCGAUCAAGAGGCGGUGAUGAUGAUGACGUCUUUGGGUACGGCACGUGCCAUGGAGCUUUUCAAAGAUGUUGAGGAAAAGCAGGAACAAGUGAGAAAUCCCAGCGGAUAUUUGAAAACAGCUGCUCAACGUGACGGUCCCAUCCAGCAGGUGUAUCACUCCAACGGUGACGAUGGAAAGAUUCAUCGCCGCGCCACAUGGUUGAACGGCAACAUCUUUCAAGAUCGCCCCAUCGAUCAGGAGGCCAUCCAGGCCCUUACCACGGUGGGCACUGCGCGGGCCAUGGCGCUCUACAAGGAGGUGGAAGAAAAACAGGAGCAGGUAAAAAAUCCAAGUGGCUAUUUGAAGACUGCCGUGGCACGAGAUGGGCCUGUCAGCGGAUAUGCUGCACCGGCUGCAAACGUGCACAUGCAGUCGGAAAGGGAGGAACAAUCCAAGAUUCAGAAAAGGAUCACCUGGUUGAAUGCGAAUGUCUUCCCUGAUCGCCCCAUAGACACAGAGGCGACCGGUGCCAUGUUUGGCUUGGGCAUCAGCCGAGCCUUCGAGCUCUUGAAGGAGAUUGAAGGUAAAGCCCAAGAGCUCAGGAAUCCAACUGGCUAUUUGAAGACAGCCGCGAUGCGUGAGGGGCUGGCCCCUCCGGACCAGGGCCAGGGCCAGGCAGCAGUACAAUCUUCCCAGGAGGAUAAGGUUAGUCGACGUGCCAGAUGGUUGAACAAGAACCUCUUCCCGGACCGACCCAUCGACCAGGAGGCGAUUGCUGCCAUGAGCAGCUUAGCCAUGCCGCGUGCCAUGGAGUUGUUCAAGGAUGUGGAGGAGAAAGCUGCGCAGCUUCGAAAUCCAGGUGGCUAUUUGAAGGUGGCGGUUUCCAGAGAGGGCACAGGCCCAGGCCCAACAGGCGGUGCAACGCCCAGGUCAGCCAUUUAUGCACAACCGCGACAGGUGGUUGCAGCAAGCAAGUGGCGCGAAACGUAUCGUCAGCUGUUUCAAGAAGCAGACAAAGACAACAAUGGUUUCCUGGACAUCGCAGAGGUGAAACUUCUGCUCCGCGAGCGGCUCAAGGCCCUCAGCACUGCGAAAAAAAACACGGCGCCGGAGGCAACGGAGGCAACGGAGGACGCGGAAGCGGAAGCGGCGGCAAGGCGCUCGGAGGAGGAAUACAUUGAUCAUUGCAUCGAACAAGCAGAUGUGAAUAAGGAUGGCAAAAUCGAUAUCGAUGAGUUUGUUCAUUUGAUGGUCCUUCAUCUGCCGGACGCGCGCAUUGCAGCCGACGCCGAAUUCGUAACGGAUCAGCGCCGGUGCAUCGCGGAGUGGUCGGGGGAGAGGGCUCAGAAUUGGAAAUGGAGUGUCUAA